AUGGCUUUUCUCGUGGGGUUAAAUGAGUCUCUUACUUCCACACGUGGACAAAUUCUUCUCAUGGAUCCAUUGCAUCAUAUAAACAAGGUUUUUGCCCUUAUUUCUCAAGAAGAGAGGCAGAGGUCCAUUCAUCCUUCACAUAAUGAGGUGCAUAACUCAUUAGCUUUCUCAAUUCGUGGUGAUCAGCCUGCCCAGCGAUCUAUCAAUAAUCAGGCCAAACCACGUUUUUCUUCUUCUUUGCCUCAAAGUAGGUUUUCUGUUAAUCAAGUUUCUGCCAUGGAGUCUCCACUCGAUUAUCCAUCUUCAGGGAGUACUUCUCAACUUUCUCUUGUUUCAUCUGAUCCUGUUUUGGCUAACAUGUCUGCUGCUCAGUGCCAGCAAUUGAUGGCAUAUUUCUCUAAUCAAAUGGCUGCCCAGAAACUGGUUUCUGCUCAGCAGUCUCAUGGUGAUGAGGCUGAAGACAAGUUCUUGAAGAAGAUUGGCAAGGGUAGCAAAAUUGAUGGCUUAUAUGUUCUUCAGCCUUACAAUGUUUCUACUGAUAUUUUUUGUAAUAAAAUUCCUGCCAUUGUUUGGCACAAUAGACUUGGGCAUAUUCCUCAGUUGAAGUUAGAUCUUCUGUCUACUAAAUUUUCCUUAGCCAUGGAUAAGUCUAAGAGCAAUUCUUGUUGUUAUAUUUGUCCAAUGGCUAAACAGAAACGUUUGAAAUUUCCUAUUAGUUCUACUGUUUCUGCUCAUAUGUUUACUUGGGUUCAUUUUCUCAAAUCUAAGUCUGAUGGUUUGGCUGUUAUUCCUUCAUUCUUUCACAUGGUUGCUUAUCAUAAGCUUUCUGCAGGUCAUUUUUAUUAUGUCAUGAAUGUUUCAGCUGACACUGAACCUUCCAAUUAUAAACAAGCUGUGAAGAAUCAUUUGUGGAUUAAAAGAAAGCAAGAUGGCUCAAUAGAAAAAUAUAAGGCCAGAUUAGUUGCCAGAGGUUUCACUCAACAAGAAGGGAUAGAUUUUAUUGACACAUUUUCACCUGUUGCCAAGUUAGUCACAGUAAAGAUUCUUUUGGCUUUAGCUGCUAUUCAUAAUUGGGAGCUUCACCAAUUAGAUGUUAAUAAUGCUUUUUUGAAUGGAGAUCUUAAGGAAGAAGUAUUUAUGGAUAUCCCUCCAGGUUAUAAGUAUUCAUCAGUUGCUUUUUCUACUUCUAGAUUGUCUUCUUCUGAUCAUUCUUUAUUUACUAGAGGUUCUUCUUCUCAGUUUCUUGCUUUAAUUGUCUAUAUGGAUGAUAUGAUUAUUGCAGGACCUUCUUCCAUAGAGAUACAGAAGGAUUUGGGCAAGCUGAAUUUUUUUCUUGGUAUUGAGAUAGCUAGGAAUUCCACUGGCAUUGUCCUUUCUCAAAGGCAGUAUACUCUAAAAUUGUUAGAGGAUGCUGGUUAUUUGGGUUGUAAGCUAGCUUUGCUGCCCAUGGAUCCCAAAGCUCAGCUCAAUAAUGAAGAAGGGGAUCUUCUUGAGGAUGGCUCUGAGUAUAGGAGAUUGGUUGGUAGGCUGUUUUACCUCACCAUUACUAGGCCAGAUAUUACUUAUGUUGUGCAUAAGCUCAGCCAAUAUGUUUCCAAGCCUAGGGUUCCCCAUGUUCGUGCCAUUCAUCACAUCUUGAGAUACCUCAAGGCUUCUCCUGGUAAAGGCAUUUUUUAUUCUUCAAAAUCCUCUCUUGCUGUUAAAGAUUUUUUAGAUGCAGAUUGGGGAUCAUGUCCAGACACUAGGAAGUCCACCACAUGAUUUGUGUUUUCAUUGGGGAUUCUCUCAUUUCUUGGAAGGCCAAGAAACAAGCUACUGUUUCCAAGAGCUCUGCAGAAGCUGAGUACAGGGCUUUAUCCAUGACUUCCAGUGAGCUCAUCUGGAUUAUUCAGAUUCUUCAAGAUUCAACAUCCC